GUCACUGGCCACUGGGACACACGCCCGCUGGUGCACAGGCUCGGUGUGCACAAGACUUGGAGUCGGGAGAGGGCGUGGGGAGAUGCAGGCAAACUAGACAGUUGCCAUCCCCCAGAUCUCUGCUACUCGUCCCAAGCCGGAGGUGGCUCAGGGCACCAGAGCUAUCCAAAUCAGUCCUUCCGAGGGCACUUGACUGCCUUUGGCUGGAGAUGAAGCCGGCGGGUACGGGUCCCACGGUGGGUCCCACAGUCUCCCCCGGGGCCGAGUCCACCGACGCGUCCCUUGGCCCGCCGUUUCCCUGGCCCUGCCCGCCCGACGUGCGGCUCUGCGGCCACCUGCGGAAACAGAAGUCCCAGCGCCGCCGCUUCUUCGUCCUGCGCGCGGACCCUCCGCGCCUGGAGUGCUACGAGAGCGAGAAGAAGUUCCUGGCCGGCGGCUGCCGCCCGCCGCGACCCCGGCGCAGCGUGAGCCUGGAGGGUGCCUGCACCAUCAGCAAGCGCGCCGAUGCCCGCCAGCGCCACCUGAUCGUCGUCUAUACCAGCGACAGCAGCCUGGGCGUCGCGGCGGCCAGCGAAGUGGAACAGCAAGCAUGGUACAGCGCCCUGCUGGAGGUGCGCGCCUCCGCCGCUGCGGCUGCUGCCUCUGCUCUGGGUCUCAGUCCCCAAGAGGUCCCUGAGUCUUGGAUCUUCGCCCCGUUCCAGGACAUCUGGCCUGUGACACUGCGGUCCAAGGGGCUGGGGCGAGCACAAGGCCUGAGCAGCGGCAGCUAUCGCUUGUGCCUAGGUUCUGGGGCCCUGAGCCUCCUGCGCAAGCCAGGAAGCAAAGGCUCCAGAGACAGCCGGGCAUCGCCACCGCCCGCCCUGCGCCUGUCCUUGCUCAGCGUGCGCCGCUGCGGCCAUGCGGACUCCUUCUUCUUCCUGGAACUCGGGCGCUCAGCGCCCAUGGGUCCCGGGGAGCUGUGGAUGCAGGCGCCCGAUGCAGUGGUGGCCCAAAGCAUUCAUGAGACCGUCCUGGCUGCCAUGAAGAGGCUGGGGAGCAGUGGAACCAGUGGGAAGGAUGAGCCGCCGUCCGGAGAGCCUCCAAAGAGUGUUUCUGCCGCCCCUGCCCUGGCACCUUAUGAAACCCUAGCUUCUGCAGCGCAACCACGAAGCCCGGGUGAGAGGGAAAAGCAGGACUACCUCAAGACCUUGGAAAGGAUGGGGCCCGCACCCUCCUACAGGGGGCUGGAUCUGGAUGGGGACUAUAUCGCCAUGGGAGUCAGGGAUGACUACGUGCACAUGGCGGGAGGAGAGGCUGGUGACUACAUGUGGAUGGCACCCCCAGUCCUUCCUCCCACCCCUGCCAGGGUAGCUCUUGGCAAGUCGCUUCAGGAUUCUGAGGGCACAGAAUACAUGCCCAUGAAUAGAUUUUUUCCAGGGCCUUUGUACUACAAGCUCAAGGCCAGGGAACCUGGACUUGGGCAUCAGGGUUUCCCCUGCAGCAUUAGGGACAGAUGGGGACCCACAGAGGCUCAGGGCUGCUCUUCCCAACUUUCAGAACUAUCUGGGGACUACAUGUACAUCCCAGACUAUGUAGGAAUGAACAGUGCUAAGCCAGGGUCUCUGGACAACUGCCUCAACUACGUGGACCUGGACCUAGUUCCUCCCUUGGAAGUGCCCGGAGCAGCCCCUGGGGAGAGUCCACACACCUAUGCCAGCAUCAAGUUCUAGAACUUUGUGGGAGAUGGUCAGGGGAGAGAGGAAAAGAGGAGAAAAAGUUCCUAGUAUAUAGCUCAGCUCCUGCAUGCGGGAGCAAGGGGCCCUGCGGCCACCAUGUCCCUGUAAGCUGCCCUGCUGCCCCUGGCCAGCCGUGUCAUUUCCAGCUAUGUUCCACCUAAGACACCCUCGGGAAGAGAUUCUCCCCAGAAAUUGGACUCUUAAGAAAGUUCUAGACCCUCCCUCUGCCCCAACCCCCCAAAACCCCAAAACCUUACAAAGUUUGGGCCCUCUCAGCCCAACCCCCCCCCGAUCUUAUUUCCCUGAGGAAUUCCUACAGAAUCGGUCUCAAGCUAGCUGUGGCCAAACCAUGGAUGAAGAUCCCCACCCCAAUUUGGACAGCUCUGUCCCCUCACAUGUUGGCAGCGGACACUAGAUGUCACUGUGUCGCCUGAGCCCGAGAGAUAUCCUCACUCAACUUUUCCAAGUGAGAGAGGAACUCCGAGAACCCCAGCUCAAAAAUGUGGGAGCUUCAGGCAUCAUGUCAGAGCCCCCCAAGCAGCCUGCCCUCCUGAGUCGUCCUCUGGUGCCAGUCAGGCUCACCUGACCCUUCUCUGGGCUGACCAAGUCCUUGCCUUCUAGAGCACAGUCCAGUCCCAUCCUGUGGACCCAAC